AUGCUGGGAAGAUAUAAAACCAUUUUGAAGCCCAGGAUCGCCUUACCAGUGCCAAUAUAUCCGACACUUAGGAACCCCGUUAGUAGGCGAUGGAAUUCGACUUCAAGGUCAGCGAGCUCUAUAGUACAAGAAUCGAACAAUCACAACGAUAAUGAGAAUAAAGGAGAAGAAGAUCACAAACAGUACGAAAGUGAAACUGCAACUGAAACUGAACAGGUUCAUUCGGGCGAAAAAAUUGGAAGACACCAAAGUGUGGAGCCUGAGUUCAUGAGUUUUCCGUGGGAGAACACCAGUAAGGAGAAUCAUGAUAUGGAGGAAGAUUUACCAUGGGCUUCGAAGAAUGAAGCAGAAGCUGAACCAAUUCUAGAAAUUGACAACACGGACCCCUCGAAGAGUGAGUUGAUUUUGGCUCCGCUAAGGAAAAAGUCCUCUCCGAUUGAAAGACUUACACCGAGGAAAAGUGUAUCUCACAGAGCAGAUCGUUCAUCGGGUGUCAACUUUCAGAUUGAACGUGACUAUAAGAAUCUCAUGCAAUUCAAAUACAAUGUUUCUAGUGAUGACUUUGUCAAUAUAAUAGAAGAAUUAAAGCCUUCCACUCCGGUUGUUACGGUAAAGCAAUUGACAGAACUAUCUUUAAACUUGGAUAAAUCAUUUCGUGUUAAGCAAAUCCGACAAUAUAUCGAGAACUCAUGUCCAGAGAUUGUACUGAAAAAGUCGAUGAGCAAAAAGAAACUUAUAAACAAGAUCAUUUCUGAGCACUGGAACUUGAAAGUCACACUGGAUCCCACCGGGGACCUUGUUUGCGAGACGAGAAUUGACUUAUCUAACAAGCGAGAUUUGUUUCUUCUUUUGAGCAAUCGAGGGUUCCUACCACAGCACUGGUCUUUAAUCGGAGCACAGCUAUCAUUGGGUACUACAAGAAAAGAGCUUGUCGUUAGAGGAUCGAAGAACAUUGUCAACUUUGUACAAGCAUCAUGGAACGACUUGUUAAAUAAUAUUUCCACGGAUACUGUUAACCUUGGUCCAAUGAUGGACUUUUAUGAAAGCUUGGGUAAAACACUAGAUUUGAACACGUUACAGCAUGAAUGCGGUGUCCAUUUUGAUAAGGUCAGUCUGGACAAGAAAAGCUAUGUUUUAUCUGCGAUCAAGAAUGCCUCUAUUUCUAACGCCAAGAUUGAGAUACUCAAAGCUACUGAAUACAGACGCGGUUGCACCAACAGUAUUAUCACAGAACUCAUCAAAGAGGCCGAAAAGGAGGACAAGGACAUGUUGAUGAAGAUGGAGGUGAGUGACGAGAGUUUGCCGUGGUACAUAAAGCCCGAGAACUACUUCAGAUACUCGAUCACGAAGGAGCGAUUGAGAGAGAGUCUUCUCAGCGAUGACAGCAUGAUUGUUGAGUCAUUGAGCGACGAGGUACAAGAUUUGAAGUUGGAGGUCGAGGAAGCCCGGGAGAAGUUUGAGUACAACUACGUGCAGACGGAGGACGAGUGGAACAAGAAGAAGCUUGAAAAGAGCAAGAGGUCCGACGAAAAGUUUUUCCACAUCAAGGAGGGCAGCAGAUCGUCGACGGAGGUGCUGGACAAGCUAGAUGCUGCGAAGAUCGAGGAGGGAUUGGCGGACGGCGAUUUUGGGGGCCGGGACGAUCCGACGAAGUUGAUGCUAGACAACGUUGUGAGCGUCAAGUUCGGCAAGCUUUUGUUUGAGAAGGAGAAGGUCCCGGAGAGCGUGGCGGAGACGCCGCGCAACACCUACUUCAGCGAGAACUUGUCCCAGGUUGUGCGGAACAUCGGCCGGCUCGAGUUGAUGGACAAGGACGCCCGGCUCUUUGGCGCCACCGGGGGCAUCAUGAACCGGUUCAACCGGCAGAUCCACGUGAAGCUGAUUCCGAACGGCUUCUGGGGCGGGCGGUUCGAGAACUUUGUCGAGUCCCCGAGCAUCGAGAUCCUCUUCGACCUCAAGGACGGCAAGUUGACUGUGAAUGGCUUCUCUGCCUUCACGUGCGAGAGCGAGCGCAGCGUCGAGGUGGCUGUGCCGCACCUCGACGUCGACAUGAAGUUCCAGAGCAGCUACAACUCCAUGCUCGUCUACAACCGCGACCAGUGGCUCUUGAACGGCCGCCCCGAGCACGCGUUCCGCGGCCUCGAGGGCGCUGCCACCGACAACGACAUCACCCUCAACAAGAGGCAGAUCAACAUGUUCAUCUCCCAGAUCGCCAAGCGCCAGCUCGACCUCCGCCGCCCGGGCGGCCUUCUGGCCAUGCUCCACCAGUUCCGCCACAAGCCCUACGCCUUCCACUUUCCCCAAGGCCCCAACCGCACCAACCUUGUCAAGUACUCUGCCGUCAAGGUCGAGCUCGUGCGAAGCAUCGAGCUCGACUACGCCGGCCUCCCCGUCUCCUUCGAGUUGCACGAUGACGGCGAGCACCAGCGCGUCGAGGUCUCCAUGUUGCGUGACGGUGUCGACGCCGCCCACUUCGUCCGCCACAGUGCCGGCCUUGCCGCCCUCCUGUCUCUGUGA